UGUAACCCUAUCUAUCUAAAACGCAUACAUUUAGACCUAAUUUAUAGCUAUCGUCUAAAUCUGUUAUGAAAUUUGUUUAUCCGAACAAAUCUAUACUGUAAUUUGUAUAGUUUAUAGCUUUCGAGAUAGAAUUUGGUCCAAGAACACAUGCGUAGACAGUAGAUGAUUAUAGAUAGCAUUUAGGGCUAUAAUCGAAAACAGAUUCUUAUCAUUAAGUCUAAUAGUUUAGAAAAUUACCUUGGUUGUUGCUGUUCUGCUUCCUUUUGGGACCAAUCGUGGUUGAAGUGGUAAUCCUCUUCAUAUGUUGGUCUGGAAAUACCUGCUAUGGACUUCCAAUGAACAGUUUUGUAUAGGUGUUUAUGCAGAGACAAAAAAAAAUGUCUAUGUGGAUUGUUAUAUAGUAGUACAGACUUCAAAACCAAGAUUGGUAGCCCAACAUUGGAAAAUGGCCAAUAUAAACAGUGUGGGAAUACUAAAAGUUUUUCUUAUUGUUGGCAAGUAAAAUGGACAUAAAAGCUGUUAUGUUAUUAUUUAUAUAUGUUGAAGUAGUUAAGAAAGUGGGAGACACCAGAAUAGCUAUUCAGAGAUAAGUGGAGAAAGUUAUAUGUGCAUGUCACCAGUAGAUUGAUGUGUUCAGUCACAUCAUCCUUCAUGGGUAUCAAGAGGGAGGAUAGUUUUUGAAGACUUGCUAAUUUUGUUUCUUGACAACCUUUCUGUACAAGAUGGCUUCCUUUCCAUAGUACAGUGAUCUGAAAGGUGAAAAUUUUCUCAUUCUUGUUUAGCUUGAGGUUCUCUCUUUCUCAAAUGCAUGCACACACUUUUGUUAAAACUUCAUAGAAUUACUCACUAUUGUCUUUUUUGUUUAGUUUGUGUCUUUUUCCAAAUAAAGUGAAAAUAACUCUCUCUCAAUGCUCUCUAUGUCUCUCUACAUGUGUACACUAGGCAUACUUCUUUGAUUUGUAUCUGCUAUGCGUGUAUCUCUACGUAUAUAUACUGGAAUCGACACCUUUGGAUGGUGCACGAGCUCACUUGAAUCUGUUUGGCCAUCUAGUUUGCGGGUGGUGAGUGGAUAUUGCUUUCUGCAAUGCCGGUGCGAGUGGAUGUCUGCUUCUUUGCCUAAUUUCAACAAGUUGUUGACGAGUUAAUUGAACAAUGUUGGUGAAACGUGCGUUUUGGAGUUACGUUUCCACUUCCGGCUUCUCUUCGUUGGCAGCUACGAAUUUGCUUAAAUGCGGGGAUGUUUUGAAGCAAGCUCGGGUGUUUACGGAAGUAGAUGUUGUUGAAUACUCGAAGCUGAGUCAUGAUACCAACCCCUUGCAUUUUGACUCAGAAUGUGCCAAGCUUGCUGGAUUCAGUGACAGGCUUGUUCCUGGAAUGUUGGUCGCUUCCUUAUUCCCAAGAACCAUCGCUUCAAAUUUUCCGGGAGCUGUAUAUGUUUCGCAAAUGUUGCAGUUCAAGUUGCCAGUGUACAUUGGAGAGGAGAUAGUUGGUGAAAUAUGUGCAACAAAUAUCAAGGUUCUGAAAGCAAAACAUGUGGUCAAAUUUUUCACCAAAUGCUUCAAACGUGAUGGCGCGCUUGUUAUUGAUGGCGAGGCCACAGCGAUCCUGCGGAGUCUGAACAAAGAACCAGCUCGGCACUGCAUAUUUUUUGACAAUAAGUAGGAGAUGAAUUUUGUGCAUUCAUGGGGAGUUUCCUAAUCACACUCUUUAUUUGGUUUAGUGCUUAGAUAUAUUGGAACUUGUAAAGGGUCUAAGAACUACUGAUGUAACAUUGGGCGGUACCUGUUUGGUACUUAAACUGAAUUCUUUACCUACCAAAAAAAAAGAUUGAAUUUAUGAGUUUU